CACAACCACAAAAACUCCACGCGUCUGCAAGCCCAAACCCAGCUACCGCGGCCCACGAAUUCGCACAGCACUUCCAACGUGUCCGCUUGACAGGCAUUCGAACUUCGUACCGCGAGUCUCCGAUCCUGGCACAGUAUUGGCGGAGAAAGGGAGAACGUGACAGAACGGGCUCGCGUUUGUGACUCGGAUCAUUAUCACCGCCAGUCCUGGCCAAAGUUUGCCCAACCGAUCAGCCACGCCUAACAUACUGCCAAUCCAAUGUGUCCUCCAUGUCAUCGGCGCGGUCGGAUUCGAAUAAUACCUCAGCCCCCGCCCACCUAAGGACCGAAGCUGAGAACCUCCAAAAGCAAGCCUUUACUGCCACCUCUGAUCUCACUCAUCUUGCAGAGGAUGAGCCCUUCAAGCACAUAUCUAAGGUCGGCAGAUCGGAAACUGCGCCGAUAACAAUACCUGCGAGUCUGUGGGCUUCAUCAAGAGACGCUCCACAGCUCACGGAACGAGAUACCAUUUUUGCCACAACCUACGUCCAGUCGCGCUCCCCUCCACCCGCUCAAGACACGCAUAAUGGGAAUCUGUUGGCAAAUGUUGACAAAGGUUUGGGAGGAGCCACUUCAGGAAAGGUGAAGAUAUCACCUCGCGCUUCACGAAAACACGCGCAAGUCACAUUUGCGACUGGUACAGAACAUCGAUACAGUGACAGCAAGAAGGUGCAGACACAGCAACCAGAGGUGCAUGAGCUGCUGCGAGACACUCAAAUUGAAACCACUUCGAACAAGGGUACCUCGAUGGGCAUUGAGGGUGCCCAAGCUGAAACCAGCCGACGGCCGUACUUAUCCUCGACCGAACGGCCAUCGACGUCUCCUGCUUACAUCUUCGAUGCCGUCGAUGAAGCCGAGAGAGCUCGAUAUCGCUCGUGGAGAGAGGGCCACACACCAUGGCUAGGCUCUGGCUCACUGGCGAAGAGAAGGAGUCGCAGUGGGGACAAUACCCAUGUUGAUAAGAACAUCGAGGCAACGCUGCGCAAGAUUGACGCACCGGCUAUAUCUUCACGCAGUCGAAAGUCCAGCCAGUAUCUUGGACUCUUCAAGGAGAAGGAUGUAGCCGAGCAGAAACAGAGACGUGACCAACGAGCGAAGGAACAAGCUCAGGCGUCAAGGAAACAUCAAACUACCGAUCAAAUUCGAGCUUCGUCGCCGUUGGCUUAUGAAUUUCCUCGUGAUGAUAGCGCUAAACAAGUUGAGCUCACUGCGGAACCCGAAGAACUUGAACCAAGUCCUCGCACCGAAUACGGUACUUAUAUGGCUCUUAGUCAUGGCGGUCCUCAUAACAUAAGAGGCCAGGAACUUCCUGUCAAGCUUCCACGCAGCAAUACUGACUUUUCUCUCGAAACGGAAGCACCUUUACCGAUUCCUACUCGGAAACCACAGAGUUUGUCCUCACGUCUUGUGGAGGAAAUGAAACACGUGCAUGAUAUAGAGUUGUCUUCAGACAGUGAGCGACUUCUUUCAUGCAGUUUUCAGACGAAGCGUAUGGAUCGACCACGUCUGGCUGAACCCAAAAGCCGUACACCUACUAAGGAGUAUGCUAACUACAUCGAACCACGUGAGAGUGAUGAGAGCACCGGCAAAUCACCGGUAACCGAGGAUGAUGAGAUUUCUGAGCAUGAGCAGAUCUCCAAGGCUCUGUACUUUCCGCAUCGACAGCUUGUCACCGACGAUGAAGAAGAUUAUCAGCGAGAAUCAUCUGACGCUGCUGUAGCCUGUGCAAUCGAAGAAGCCAAAGCCUCUGACGAGCCACUUACUCCAAGUACGGAGCAGAGGCUAAAGGAGGCAUCCGAACGCGCUUCGAACGAGGUUGCAUUGUCACUGGAGACUUCCAACGACAAAGAGUAUUUCCACGGAGACCUCUCGACGUCAUUGACGCUGCCAAUUGAGGAUGAAAGUUAUACAUCGUCCAAUGACCUCAUGUAUUCUGGCUCGGAAUAUGAUACGCAGGAUGAAUCAAUGAGAUCUGCAUACUACGACACUAGUAGUUCUGAUGAAGCGGGUUCCACACCAAAAGCAUCACCGAAGCACAUAUCUACACGAAAACAUAUUACAUCGGCACCUCUUGGAGCUGUAGAGCUUAAGCCAUAUGAUCAUCAAGUUGGUGGACACAGCACGGUUUAUCGAUUCUCUCGGCGGGCCAUCUGUAAGCAAUUAAAUAACCGCGAAAACAUCUUUUACGAAAUCGUAGAGAGGUGGCACCCAGAGCUGGUAGCCUUCAUGCCAAGGUACAUCGGGGUGCUAAAUGUCACAUAUCGUAAAGCGAUAAAACGCCGAAAGACUGUUAACCCAGCUACGCCACAGAAAAAAUCCUCGCUUGACAUGAGUAAAGAAAGCGUUACUCAGGAUGCCGUCGCUAGUGGCCCUGCGUCUGGUGUGAACGAACGGCCCGGUCCUCAGCCGCGCAUCGUGAGCCAUUCACAGCAAAUAACACCGGUCCCGCAGGUAGUUCUUGAGAACAAUAGGCACAUCAUCCCUAAUAGCCUGUUUCGUGCAAGCUCCCGUCCUUCUACUCCGCGACCGCAGUCGAGCGAUCCGUCUCUACUCUCGCAGAUGCGCCGAUGGUCGCAAAGUGAACAGAACCUCACUCAUCCAGAAUCUAUGUCUGCAGAUACCAGUCCGUCACGUCCACCGAUCAAGCAACAGUCUAGUUGGGGUGCGACCACAGUAAACACAAAACUCAAAGAACAAGUGUUGCGUGAAGUCUUUGCCGCACCUCCAAUCCAUCGUCAUAGGCGUGGCCGUCGGCACCGCUCGCUUUCCAAUACUCAAAACCUCCACGCUCAGCAAGCAGAUGGCACUGAAUCGGGCUCGGGGAGCCGAAAAGGUGGUUCAGAUAGGACUGGGAAGUAUUCAUCUUUUACUGAAGGAGAAUCACUGCGACGUCAGCUUCUACGUGGCGAACAUGCACGCAAUGGUUUGACACGGACAACCUCUGCUGCUGUAUCCGAUCUGGGUCCUGCAGUAGAUGAGCGGAACCGGGACUCUUAUUCCGACGCUACUGUCGAAGACUCUGGGCCGACCGAAGAUCGGAAGUCACGCCGAAGACAUUCCGGUGGUGGAUUACGAAGACGGCCGUUUGCAAUUGACUCAGACAAGCGAUCAUCGCUUGAGUUUCACGAAGAAGAGGAAGAAGGCUACGGUGGCGACAGAGAAGAGGAAGUGUUUCUGAUGGACGAUGACGACCAGCCAUUAGCUUCGUCACAUCAAGCAGCUCAAUCCCAGCAUGUCCAGAACGGAAAUUCCGGUGAUCCUAGUCCUAAACCCAGUUCAAGUCACUCAUUGACUGCCCCAGAGACGCGUGAUCAAGAAACUCAGACAUACGAGGAAUUUUUCGAACCUAGCAACCCAAAACAAGCAAUCGUCGACAAGGAUGAACGCGUCCAACUGUUUAUAUUGCUUGAAGAUCUCACAGCAGGCAUGUCAAAGCCCUGCGUGUUGGAUCUGAAGAUGGGCACCCGGCAGUACGGUGUGGAGGCCGAUGCAAAGAAGAAGCGCUCGCAAAGGCGAAAGUGUCAGUCUACAACCUCGCAGGAGCUAGGCGUGCGUGUCUGUGGUAUGCAGAUCUUCAAUGUUAAAACCCAGUCGGUCGUUUUCAAGGAUAAGUACUACGGCCGUGAUCUGAAAGCAGGUCGCGAGUUCCAAGAGGCUCUUAAGAGCUUCUUCUUCGACGGCUAUGGCUACAGUUCCGCUUUGAAACACAUCCCAACCAUUUUGGAGAAGAUCUCGAGCCUUGAAGCCAUGAUUCAUGGACUGCCGGGCUACAGGUUCUAUGCGAGCAGCUUGCUCAUGCUGUACGAUCGUGCAGCAAGUGAAGAUACGCUAGCUCUUGAAAAGGCCACUGCUAGCGACAAAAAGGACCGCAGCAAGCUUGCCGAAGCGCUGAAAAAGAAGGCCGAGAUCAAACUCAAGAUUGUAGAUUUUGCAAAUUGCGUUACUGCAGAGGAUCCUCCUCCAGCCGAUGUGCCCUGCCCUCCUCAUGACCCUGAAGGUAUUGAUCGAGGCUACCUCCGUGGGCUUCGCACCUUGAGGUUAUAUUUCCAACGAAUCUGGAAGGAGCUCAACGGCACAGACUGGCUUGAACGCGGCGAUAUGGAAGGUGUGUCGUUGCAAAGCAAUGGCACAGGUAAGGACAUAAAGGACUUUGAGGACCCUGCUUUUUCGUCCGAUGAUGAAGGAAAUGCCAGUUUUUGAAAGUAUGUUUGUUUCGUAUGUUUAAUGUUCGAUAACGGCGUGGAAUACCAGGAGACUUUGCCUGCCACAAUUAUCUGUGUAUUUUAGCGACGUGGCGUUGGUGGGAAACAUGUCUGUGGCGAGGUUUAUGACCAGGCGUUAGAUGAAGAAAGGCUAGCAUAGGUUUUGGCGCAGGCGAUCGAAUAAAGCUCUAGGUAUCUUCGAACUCCAG